AUGCCACGUUAUUAUACUUGGAAUGCUUCAUCGAAGAAUUUUCAAAGACGGAAGCAAGGCGAUGCGGUUCCUGGGUAUCCGGAUGUGCGUUCUCUCUGUCGUAUGUAUACAGUUCAUCCAAAGAAUGAUGAAUGUUUCUAUUUGCGGUUGUUGCUGGUAAAUGUGCGUGGGCCAACGUCAUUUGAGACACUACGGACUGUUAAUGGUGUAAUAUUCCCAACAUAUCGUGCUGCAUGUGAAGAACUGAACUUAUUAGAAAACGAUACCCAUUGGGAUACGACAAUCGCUGAAGCCAUUAUCUCUGCAUCUCCAAGUCAGAUACGCACAUUAUUCGCUAUCAUAAUUUCGACAUGCUUUCCAUCAAACCCAUGUAACCAGUGGCACAAAUAUAAGGAUAUGUCAGAAGAUAUUUUACAUCAAAUUCGUAUCACUUCCAGAAAUCACGAUGUUGAAAUGAAUGAGGAGAUACAUAAUCGUGCUUUACUCUUGAUCGGAGAUAUGUGUUACCUCAUGUGCGGUAGUUUAUUAAUCAGGUUAGGAAUACCAGCGCCCAAUCGUGAAAUGAAUGACGCAUUUAAUCGAGAAUUUGAACGGGAACGUGAAUAUGAUCACCAGGAAUUAGAUUUAGUAGUUCAAAAGAAUGUACCCCUGUUGAAUUCCCAACAAAAAUAA